AUCGAGAGCGAGGUCAAAAGAAAAACAACAAGAAUGGCGGAAAAGGCACAAGCUCAAGUGAAAAUUGGGCACUAUAUUCUUGGGGAAACCCUAGGUGUUGGUACUUUUGGGAAGGUGAAAAUUGGACAACAUCAGUUGACUGGACAUCGUGUAGCAGUCAAGAUCCUCAAUCGACAGAAGAUUAAAAGUUUAGAUGUGGUCGGAAAGAUUCGAAGGGAAAUUCAAAACCUGAAGUUGUUCAGGCAUACCCAUAUUAUCAAACUGUAUCAAGUGAUCAGUACCCCGACAGAUAUCUUCAUGGUCAUGGAAUAUGUAGCUGGUGGUGAACUAUUUGAUUACAUUGUCAAGCAUGGCAAGCUGAAGGAGCAUGAAGCUCGACGAUUCUUCCAACAGAUCAUCUCAGGUGUUGAUUACUGUCAUCGUCACAUGAUAGCUCACAGAGAUCUCAAACCGGAGAAUUUACUUCUUGAUUCGUCUCAGAAUGUAAAGAUUGCUGACUUUGGUUUGUCUAAUAUGAUGACUGAUGGUGAAUUCUUACGAACAAGUUGUGGAUCUCCAAACUAUGCAGCUCCUGAAGUCAUUUCUGGAAAGUUGUAUGCUGGCCCAGAGGUUGAUAUCUGGAGUUGUGGUGUAAUCCUGUAUGCAUUACUCUGUGGGACACUGCCAUUUGAUGAUGAACAUGUGCCAACACUUUUCAGAAAAAUUAAGUCUGGUAUAUUUGCCAUCCCUGAUUAUCUCAAUAAGUCUGUGGUGAAUCUGUUGGUGAAGAUGCUUCAGGUGGAUCCACUGAAGAGAUCGACCAUAAAGGACAUCAGAGAACACGAAUGGUUCAAGAAGGAUCUGCAAGAUUACUUGUUUCCACCACCAUAUGAGACUGAUGCUUCCAUUAUUGAUAAAGAGGCUGUUGAAGUAAUCUGUCAGAAAUUCGAUGUUCAAGAUGAAGAGGUUCACCGUGCCCUUCUGAAUGGAGACCCACAUGAUCAGUUAUCGAUAGCAUAUCACCUCAUCAUCGACAAUAAGAGGUUGGAGGAAGCAAACAGGUUUGAAGACAAGAACUUCUUUGUUGCACCAUCAAGUCCACCAGUUACGGAGUCUUAUAUCACUAGCACAAGUGUUGUGAGGCCUGUGAGUCCCCUCAAGCCACAUCCUGAGAGAAUGCCAGAAUUCAGUUCUUCUCAUCUUGAUCCAUUAUUGGCUACAGAAAGGAAAAUCAAUACACCAAUCAAGAAAGCAAAAUGGCAUCUUGGAAUUCGGUCACAGAGCAAACCACAUGAUAUCAUGCAUGAGGUAUUCAGAGCCAUGAAGACAUUGGAAUAUGAUUGGAAGAUAAUCAACUCCUUUCACAUUAGAGUCCGAAAGAAGAACAGUGUCACUGGAAAGUUUAGCAAGAUGGCCCUCCAGUUGUACCAGGUUGAUCCAAAGAGCUACCUCCUUGACUUCAAAAGUCUUCAUCCAAACGCCAGUGAGAACAGUGAUGAGAAUGAUCCUUUAGCUUCAAGCAUGACAGGGUCCCUUUCAGGGUCAAUCACAGAAAUGGACAUUGACGACGCUAAAGGUGUGAGCUGCCACCAGACUUUAGAAUUCUUUGAAAUGUGUGCCAAUUUGAUCACAACCCUCGCUAGAUGAAUCAUUGGUGCUACUGUAUACCUACUGAUUAUAAAUCCCAGUGAUUGGAUGAUUCGAUGGAUAGGUCUGCUUUGAGGAUCUGACGUGGAAAGACAAUUGACUUUGUGGUAAAGAUGAGACUCUGUUGCAAGCUGUAAAAAUUUGUUUGGCCAGUAGUAUAGUUUUUCCAAGAUUGUCAACUCAGAAAUCUGUAGAAAUUGUAUGAGGGGAGACUGUGCUACAUGUAACUUGCAUAUAUCAGACUUGUGUAAACUUUGUCUUUGCAUAUAAUGAACAGGUUAUCCAGGUCCCAAGUCUGUUGGUGAUGCAUGUCAAUACAUAUAAGUUUUCAUAUAUUCCUGUAAUGGACAAAGAAAUGCUGGUCCAGUGCAAUUUGAUGUAGGCAAGGGUAUCUUUAUUUAGUUAUUUUGAUCACAAGAAGCAAUAUGAACCAUGGUGAAUAUUUCUGGGCAUUCCUUGGCUUUAGAAAAUCAUGUAAAAAAGUUAGUGAAAGGUUGUCUCAGUUACUGCCACUUCAGCCGGGUUGCUGAUUGUUGACAUUUUUGAUGACUGGGUUCAACUGAACCUGUAUCGAGGACGAUGCUGUAUUGCUCCCGGGUAUGUUCUCGGCCAUUUAACCAACCGUUCCUUUUCCAAGAUAGGGUCCGACUGUUAUCCCUAACUGAAGCCUUCUAUAAAUAUCAUGUUUUCUGUGCCAUAUUAGAAUAUUUAUGUUUAGAAUCCAAUGUGUUUGGUAGCAUGAUACGAUUAUGCUAAUCGGUUUAAAAAUGGGCAACUUUCAUCCAGUAAGACAUUUUCACACUCCAAAGUUGUCCUGUGUGGAAGGGGUUUGGGGGGGUCAUUUCCAUUUUCCAAAUUAUGUAUGUACUGAAGAGUGAAAAGAGAUAUUAAAUCUGGGACUUCAAAAGAUUUUGGCUUGACAGAUUGGGGAGGGUGAUGAAAAGUAGUCGGGACAACCAGUUGUGUAACAGCUAGUUUGGACGAUAUUCUGCGCGAGUAGAUUUACAGUUAUUUCUAGCGAGUUGGUUCAAAUGAACCUUUCUGUAAAUAUAUGUAAAUAACUAUAAAAAAACAUUUAUAUUGUGUUGUGCUAUUUGUAACCAUGCACAGGAAAACAUUGUCCGGAAUCCCAAGGAUGGAUACAAAUACGUUUUUCAUCCCUAUCUUUAAAAUCUUUUUUGAUCCAAGGAAAACACAAAAUACUCUGGUCCCCUCCUUCUGGUAAGAAGGUUCAAUUCCUGAAAUCGUCCUCUUCUGUAACUCAAUCCUGAGGUUUCCUGGACAUGUGUCUGUGCUGUAAACUGGAAUGUCUCUAUGUGCUUAACUGAGCAUUUGGAGGUUUUUGGGACAGAAAGUUAAAACCAAGAGACUGUGAUGUACAUUUUAUGAAUAAGUAAACUGUUCAGAAUUGAUUAAA